AGAUUAUUUCUUUUGAUCAGCUACACUUAUUCAGGAAUUUUUGGUGGGAACGGCAAGAAGUGGCAAGAACUGCGGAGGUUCGUACUGCGCCACCUGCGGGACGUCGGGUUCGGUAAAACCAGCUGUGAGCCUAUGAUCGUGGAGGAGGUGAUUGAACUGAUGGAUCACAUCCAGCAACAGAAGAUGAUCCUAAUGAAAACUUACUCUGUUAUAGGUGUCCUUAUGUUUCUCUCCUUCUCUGGAAACAUAACAAUGUCCUAUGCUGGUUUAUGUUUCUCCAACCAUCCCCCAAUGUGUAUCCUGCAGCGUCUGUUCAAUCGGUCUGUGGUGAACGUCGUGUGGAGAACUGUGAUGGGGAAAAGAUUUCCCUAUGACGACGCCGACGUUGCCAAAGUCAUUGAAACCUUCUUGCAGCCGGCUGAUACGAACUUGCUUCAUCCUCUCUUCUACAUCCCCGGGAUGGCGAAGGCGGCCGUAUACCUACCCAUAUGGAGAAACGCCACGAAGUCCCUCAGAGACCUCACAGCUUUCAUAAAGGGAGAAGUUGAGAAUUUCAUAUGCAGUGAAGACUGCGACGUCAAUCAUUCGUUAGCUUCUCUCUUUCUUAAAGAAAUACAAAGUCAUGCCGGAGAAAAGUCAUUCUUCAACAGUAAGUGACAUCAUUCCUUCCCUUAUUUGAUGCAACAAA